AUGUUCGCCCGUCCUUCAUCCUUUGCGACCACAGUCCUGGGUUUCUCCCUGUUCGCUACCACUUCUGCUCUCAGCGUCGCAAGACAAUCCAAUGUCGAUUCUUGUUCUGUGUUCCCGGGCACCGGUUCACUCAAUGUGCUAAACUUCACAUUAGCGGCGUUGAACACGACACAGCCCAACUCCAACACGACGGGUGCUCCCAUCAUCCUGGGAAGCGCAGGAGCAAUCGAUGGCGCCUCUUUCUAUGACCUCAAGACUCAAGCCACCUACCAAUAUCCAUCCGCUGUCCCAGCAUUGAACAUGACAAACGGAGGUCUCACUUCAGGUCAAUACGUGGUGGGCGGAACUGUCCCGUCCAACGCGAACCCAGGGUUCAUCGCGACCUCGCUGAACACACCGGCUCCAGCUGAGAUCUACUGUUCUGUCGUGACCGAUGGUUACGACUAUCCACUUCUUGCGGUCAAUGGGCAUACGGACCUAUUCAGUAUCUGCAGGGAGUAUCCUUGCGAGGACACGCCUUGGGAGGGCGUCUAUUACAACGCCACGGAGGGCACGUCCUCAUGUGGCGGACCUGCGUCUUGCUACCCGGUCGUACUGUCUAUUGUUACUGCUGGACUGGAUUGA